CUGACACAAUCACACCUGGCACCUGGAAUGAACUAACACCUGGCACCAAAGGACUUCAUACACCGUGACGCUGGCCACACACCUGACACUGGGCACGAUCUGCGACCCCCAGCACAGGCGGACACACGACGCAGACAGCUGCAGCGUUGGGGUUCUGGGGUCUCCACUGGGGGUAUAACGGAAUCCUAAGAAACCGCUGGCUGCCUUCUCUCACAGGGAACAUGUUUAAUGUGUCGCUGAGCCUCUUGUGAUAGAGAGCCCAUGGGCAACGCAAAGAGCCAACCCGGUCGCCGGGACCAAGUGGACGGUUCUGAACUUUAUACCAGGAACCUUCGCUCUUCUCACCGCCCUGCAACUGCUGAUGGCAAGAAGAAGAAAAAAACCUCCCCGAAAUUCCUGGAUGGCGAGACGCUGGGUGUUCUCAAUUCCUGGGUGUCACAGAACAUCCGGAAAAAAGAGUGCGUGUCCUUCAUUCUCCGGGACCCAGGGAGCCCCAACGCAGGGGACAUCUGCUGCUGUGGCCACACAAAGGAUCUUCACUUCCAGGACCCCUCAGUGUCUCCUGUGACACCUGGAGCCAUCUGGGAUCCCCAAAAACAUGUGCGAGAAUUCCCCAGUGAUGCUCAUGGGGACCUCACCUUCUCAGGGACCAGUAAGAUAUGGGCCAAGUAUGUCCGAGCCUCGUCAGACACUAACCCACGUCUGCUCUUUGAACUCAUGACCCAGCAGUGGGGUCUUAGCAUCCCCAGCCUUCUUAUAUCAGUUACUGGAGGAGCCAAAAACUUUAACAUUAACCCUCGGCUCAAAAACCAGUUCAGUCGCGGUCUUGUAACAGCAGCACAGAGCACAGGCGCCUGGAUAAUCACCGGAGGUUCUCACGCCGGUGUAAUGAAGCAUGUGGGAGAGGCAGUGCGUGAUUUCAGUGAUUCGGAAAUCGUGCUGAUAGGAAUUGCCACCUGGGGAAUUGUCCAUAACAGGCGAUUCCUCCUCAGUGAAGCGGGAGGAGCUCCAGCUGUUUACCCAAUGGAUGAGGGAUCCCAAGGGGAUCUGUGCUGCCUGGAUAACAACCACACACAUUUCAUCUUGGUGGACGAUGGGUCACACGGCCGAUACGGAGUGGAGAUCCCACUCAGAACCAAGCUGGAAAAAUUCAUCUCAGAGCAAACAAUGGAAAAGGGCGGCACAGCCAUAAAGAUCCCCAUCGUCUGUGUCGUGCUGGAAGGAGGUCCGGGGACCCUUGAUACCAUCUACAACUCCAUGUGUAAUAACACACCUUGUGUCAUCGUGGAAGGGUCAGGCCGUGUCGCUGACAUAAUUGCACAGGUGUCAAGUCUGAGCCCUUCCAGAAUAACCAUUGCUCUGGUAAAGGAGAAGCUGCAGAACCUCUUUGGAGAUACGUACAGCAACUUCAGCCAGCAGCAGAUUAUCAUGUGGACCAAGAAAAUUCAGGACAUAGUACGCAUGGGGUCUCUUCUCACCGUCCUGCGGGAAGAGAGGGCCGGAGAGCAGGGCAUGGAUGUGGCAAUCCUUCAAGCUUUGCUAAAAGCCUCACGCAGCACCGAUCACUAUGGGCAGGAGAACUGGGACCAUCAGUUAAAGUUGGCCGUGUCCUGGAACCGACCCGACAUUGCCGAAACACAAAUAUUCACGGACGACUGGAGCUGGAAGCCUGCUGAUCUACACCCAUCCUUGAUGAUCUCGUUGAUUGAUAAUAAACCGUCGUUUGUGCGCCUGUUCCUGGAACGUGGUAUCACUCUCUCUGAAUUCCUGUCCUGGGAAACACUCACUUACUUAUAUAAUAACACGGAGCAGCCCAGUCUCAUUCACAGCAAGCUGGGCAGACAGGUGGCUUUGGACGGGUCCCGAGAUUUUCGGGAAUUGCCCAUUCAGUUACACCACGUAUCACGUGUCCUACAAGAGCUGCUGGGGGAUUUCACAGACCCGCUAUACCCAGAAACAAGGUCACGGAGAGCGCGAGCACUGGCGCAAGUCAACAUCAAGAUGAACGGGAAAGUGUCCUCCUGGAAGGAAUCUUUGGAGCCGGUGUCCCACCAUCUGGAGCACCCGGAGCGGGAUUUACUCAUCUGGUGCAUCGUACAGAACCGAGCUGAGCUGGCAGACAUUGUCUGGAGUUUGAGUCCGGACUGUGUGGUGGCCGCUUUGGCCUGCAGUAAGAUCCUCAAAGCAUUGUCCAAGGAGGAGGAGGACACAGAAAGCAAGCAGGACAUGAUGGCUCUGGCGGACGUGUAUGAGGAGAGAGCUAUGGGGGUGUUUUCUGAGUGUUAUCGUAAUGAUGAAAGACGCGCAGAGCUCCUUCUGAUCCACGUUUCUCCCAAAUGGGGUAAAACAACCUGCUUAGAGCUCGCCCAAGAGUCACAAGGUCGGCUCUUCAUGUCUCAAGGAGGAGUUCAGAUGUUCCUCACAAAGACGUGGUGGGGAAAACUGUCGGUGGAAAAUGGUUUCAUACAGAUCAUCCUGUGCAUGCUCUUCUUCCCUCUCAUCUAUAGCGGUCUCAUCACGUACAGGAUGGACUCCCGGACUCCUCAGUCACUAUUUAAAAACAGCAUGAAUGGUUUCGGCCAACGCACACAGAACAGCAUUAAAAGCCAGCACAGGGCCCAAGGAAUUCCCAGGGCACCGGCGAUCAGAGGCCCUCGGCCAUACAGCUGUUUCUGGAAGUUCCUGGUUUUCUUCAAUGCCCCCGUUGUGAAAUUUUAUUAUAACGUCGUCUCUUACGUUGGGUUCCUGUGGCUCUUUGCUUACGUCCUGAUGAUUGAUUUCCAGACAUAUCCAUCAUGGAGAGAAUACCUCUUGUACGCGUGGGUUUUGUCCAUCUUGAGUGAGGAACUUCGACAGUUGUUCUAUGACCCCGACCAGCUUGGUUUCAUCACAAAGUCCAUCCAAUACAUCAGCGAGUUCUGGAAUCGCGUUGACACGCUGGCGCUCGGCCUGUUUGCAGUUGGACUGAUCUGCAGGUUGGUUGGUACGGACACCGUGUAUCUGGGCCGUGUGUUUCUGUCCCUGGACUUUAUGAUCUUCUGCAUACGCCUCAUGCACAUCUUCACGGUCAGCAAAGUUUUGGGACCCAAGAUCAUCAUUCUCCGUCGCAUGGUGAAGGACAUCUUCUUCUUCCUCUUCCUUUUGGCCAUCUGGAUCAUCUCAUAUGGCGUGGCCAAGCAGUCUAUUCUUGUAACAAACGAGCCCAGGUUGUAUUGGAUCUUCAGGAACGUCAUCUAUGAGCCCUACCUUACCCUCUUUGGGCAAAUCGCUACUGAUGUGGAUGGGUUGAACUUUGAUCCAAGCAAAUGCACUGAAAACGCUACAAACUCCACGCUGCCCAAAUGCGUUUUAAAUGAUGGAGCCGGGAACGCGUUGUUUCCCGAAUGGCUGACCAUAAUCUUAAUGUGUCUUUACCUCCUGCUCGCAAACAUCCUCUUACUCAAUCUGCUCAUAGCAAUGUUCAGUUACACAUUUGGAGAUGUGGAGUCUCACACAGACCAAGUGUGGAAGUUUUACCGGUUCGGACUGAUAAAGGAAUAUAACGAGCGCCCGGCAGCACCACCGCCCUUCAUCCUCUUCAGUCACUUCUACAUUGUCUGUAAAUAUGUCCUCUGCAAACACCCCACUAGAAGUCACAAAGUCCUAAGAUGGGUACUGGAUGAGACUGCUGAGGCCUCUCUGCUAUCCUGGGAGUCCUACAUGCGUGAUAAUUAUGAAGAAAGCCAGCAGCAGCUAAACAAACAAAGCCAGGAAUACCUUGUGAAGGACACGGCGGAAAGUGUGUCUGCGGUUCUGGGCCUGCUAAAGAUCGAGAGGGGGAGUGCAGGACACCAGUUGGAGGGAAGGUUGUCUGUGCUGGAGGAGCAGGUGGCGCAAUCCUCUCAUUAUCUCAAAUGGAUUAUUUCAGCUUUAACAGAAAAGGGUUUCAGCAGCAAAACUCGAAUAUUGGUUCACAGCAGUUCGCUGGAGAACGAGGAUAAAGCUGUUCUAGGGGCAGAAUCGCUAGGGGAGAGGGCUUCAUUGUACCACGUGAACGCCAGGAUCAUGCAGUACCCUCUCUCUAAGGUCUCACGUUACCCAGUGCCGGACGAGAUGGUCCCGUGGGAGGUGGAGUUCCCAGGCUACGAUCCUCCCUUAUACAUUGCAGUCAGAAAUGACCGGGGGUCUUAUGACCCCAACUAUGAGAUCUCUCAGAAGAACCGCAAGUACAACGCGUUGGACGGUAUAUACGAUUUUCGCAGCUCGUGUGGAAUAUACAUCGUAAAGGAUGGGCUUCCUCUGAACCCAAUGGGUCGCACCGGAUUGACAGGGGUUGGAAGCCUUCGUUGGUUUGGCCCAAACCAUUCACUGCACCCGGUGCUGACCCGCUGGAGUUUAAACUUUAUGGACUUUUCUCCAAGGAAGAUGUCCCGGAAGAUGCUGGAUGUUCUGGUUGUAAAACACAAAAAUAACGAGCUGUGGGCUCUGCCUGGGGGCACCCUGGAUCCUGGACAGAAGAUUCCACCUAAACUACGGUCCAUUUUGAAGACUCAAUAUCUAAGUGAAUUUCUAGCACUGCUCGGAGGAGGAACUGAGGUAUUUCGUGGCUAUCUGGAUGACCCAAGGAAUACAGAUAAUUCCUGGAUUGAGACGCAAGCUGUGAAUGUCCACCUGGAAAGUCUAGAGAGCAUGGAGAGACUUCAAGAGAACCUCCAGGAAUCAAACUCUGAGAUCUCACUUCGGUGGCAGCUCUUGGACCGUAAAAUCCCGCUGUACGCUAAUGAAAAGGAGAUCCUGCAGCGGACCGCGGAACACCUCGGCGCCCAUUACUGAUCCAACAUUAGAUGGAUUCGGCAGACUUAUUAUUAUUAUUAUUACUUACAGGCGAGACCAUCAGAAAUUCUAUUUCUGCCGCAGAUUUCAAACUAAUGGACCAUGUGUGCUGGCCGUCCAGCUAUGGAAUAAAAACUUUGUUAAAUGCCAAAA